AUGGCAUCCAUUGAAAAGGAAAUGAAUCGGCACAGGAUGUUUGCAUGGGUGCUUAGUGGAGUUGAAGGAAUGUUAAUUGUUUCAAUAGCUGCACAGGCUGUUAGUGAUCCAUUGCGAAUUAUUAUUGAUCCGUUCUGGAGCUUGGCAUCUAGCAUGAGAUCUACUAGGAUGCCAAUGCUGUGGAUUGCAAUGCACUUGCAUCUUUCGUGCAAAACAUCAUGCAGUGGCAAGAGAGUGUCCCGAGUAGUUGUUUUUCUGCAUGCAGUUGUUUCCCAAUUGUUGUUUGUGAGAUACUUUGCUGGAGGCUGCUGGGUGGCUGAGCCAGGCAUCUUUGGCAUGCUUUCAUUGUUCUAUGUGCUCUUUCUAAUAUUUUCGUCGUUGCUGCGGGUUUUUGGAAUGGAUGUCUUGAUGAUGGAAAGGAAUCACACACGCGUUCGCGGAUUGUUUGUUUAUAUCUGGUCGUCGAUCGGGCUAGUGACGGGUGAAGUGAUGCAAUUAUAUGCAGCCAGUAUAGUGCUUGUGGUUAGUGUUGUAGGGAUUGGAAGCAUAGGAUUAAGGGCACUAGCAUUGCUGGCACGGAUGCGCAUAUUGACUGAGAUGGCGAGUGCGGUUCCAUGGAGAGUACCAAAGGAGUUUUUUACAGUGAAUGUGUCAGCGAUCACGUACUUCUUCAUCAUGAGCAUUGUUGAUAAGGUGUAUGUCUACAACAUGUCGCUGCUGAACCUGAAUCUCUGUGAGUAUGGAUAUGAGGAGAACGAUGAUAUUGAUACGGCAAGAUUUAAGUUUUUUCAGAUGUCUGAGCUGGCGAUGAAGCAUCCGGCCGUGCUGAGGAGAAUAGCCAAGUGCCACGGGAGUGUGGUUUCUGUUGGAGAAUACAUUCGGAGGGAAAGGAAGGAGAUACUGGAGUGCACAGCUCAGAUGAGGAAAGAAAGAGGCACGAUGGAGGCAAAAAGAUGGAUGAGUGUACCGCAGGUGAACUUGAGCAACAACAAGCCAAAGGGACUUGUUAUGCAGAAAAAGGUGCAUUUUGUAAGAAGGAUCCGAUCCUACAACUUUAUUGAAAUACUUGUGUCUAGGAUUAGAUAUCUGUACAAGAUCAAGGUGUUGCAGUCUAGAUAUAAUGAAGCGGUUGAGGCAUUCAGAGAAAUACGAAGGUUUGUGGAGUUUUUGGACGGAUAUAAGGGAGAGUAUUUGUUGCUAGGAGAUCUGGAUGCGAUGGUAAUGCUGGGAAUGAAGGGGCUGAGGAGUGAAGCAUUGGAGACUGAGAAGCUGAUUGCAGCAAGAUUACCAUCAGAUGUCUUUGCCAACGAUGAUUGA